AUGCCUCGGGGUCACAAGAGUAAACAACGCCGCCAGGCCCAAAGAAUGACUCAGGGUCUCCAGGGUGCUCAGGCCACUGCAGCAGCAGAAGAGGAAUCCACUCCCUCCUCUCCUCAGUGUGAAGGUAAUACCCAGAGUGUGUCUGUUGUUGGGACAUGUAGCACUUCCCGGGGGCCUCAAAGCACACUAACAACCACCUUUACUUCUGCAGGCAUUUCUUGCCCUGGAUCUGUUGAAGCUUCCCAUUUCCAAGAUAAUAGGGUAGGUGCCUCUGAGGCCCAACCCUCCACUGAGAGCUCAGGGGCAAAUGAUUUAUCCAGUGUGGCUCUGUUUUUGGAGCGGUUCCUUCUGUUCAAGUAUAAAAUGAAACAGCCCAUUAUGAAGGAAGACAUGUUGAAGGUCGUUGGUGAAUGUUACGAAGAUAAAUUUCCUGAGAUCCUGAAGAGAGCCUCUGCGCGCAUUGAGGCCAUCUUUGCGUUAGAUGUGAAGGAAGUCGACUCAAGCAACCACUUAUAUGACCUCGUCAGCCAAUUGAAACUCCCCAAUAAUGGGAGGGUACGUGCUGGCAGGGGGUUCCCCAAGACCGGUCUCCUGAUGAAUAUCCUGGGCCUGAUCUUCAUGAAGGGCAACUGUGCUGCUGAAGAAGACAUCUGGAAAUUCCUGAAUCUGAUGCGCAUAUAUGCUGGGAGGAAGCACUGCAUCUACGGGGAGCCCAGGAAGCUCAUCACCAAGGAUUUGGUGAGGCUGCAGUACCUGGAGUACCGCCAGGUGGCCGGCAGUGAUCCUCCACGCUAUGAGUUCCUGUGGGGCCCAAAAGCUCACGCUGAAACAAGCAAGAUGAAAAUCCUAGAGUUUUUGGCGAAGGUCAGUGAUACCGUCCCCAGUGCUUUCUCAUCCCAUUAUGAAGAGGCUUUGCAAGAAGAAGAAGAGAAAGCACACGCUGUUAGAUGCAAGCUGGGCUCCCACUACUUGUUAAGUCAUACCUUCCAGGGCCAUGGUUAG